AUGGAUGAUUCACCUGCUGUACAACUGACAUGUAAUCCCUUGACAUCUCCAACCUCCGAAUCACAGGGCAAGCAUAUAUUUCUUGACAAUGAGUCUUUGCAGGUAUCGUUCAAAGGCUAUCAUGGCGUCGAAAAAGCCAGAAAGCACCUUCCACUAGAUCCAUCCAUUCCCAAACCGGCCUUGGCUGUAUGGUCAUUUCUCAAAUCUGCGAUUGGCAAGGAUUUGUCCAAAGUCACAUUGCCGGUAUUUUUCAAUGAGCCAUUGAGUAUGCUACAGCGCAUGUGUGAGGAUAUUGAGUAUAUUGAUUUGCUAUCUUUGGCCAGUCGGACCGGAAAUGCGAGUUUGAUGCGUAUCAUGCUUAUUGCAGCCUACGCCAUGAGUUCUUAUGGUAGCACUGUUGGACGAGUAAACAAGCCAUUCAACCCUAUGCUUGGAGAGACGUUUGAACUGGUACGAAAAGAUAAGCAGUAUCGGUAUUUUUCAGAGCAAGUAUGCCAUCACCCACCCAUCAGUGCAUGUUUCUGUGAAUCGCCAGACUACGUUUUUUGGACCGAGUCAAAUGUCAAGUCUAAAUUUUGGGGCAAAUCAUUGGAGUUGCACCCAUUGGGUAAUUGCCAUGUUUCGUUGCCCAAAUACCAACACUAUAGCUGGAAAAAAGUAACAACAUGCGUCAAUAACCUCAUUGUAGGAAAAUUGUCGAUUGAUCACUAUGGUGAUAUGGUGAUCACUAACUGGGAAACUGGUGAAACGGCGACAUUGACAUUCAAGGUCCGUAGCACAAAUGGAUGCGGUGGAGGAGAGAUUGUUGGAAAAGUCACAGACUCUCGUGGUCAAAUUAGAUUUGAGAUUAAAGGCAGAUGGGACGAUACAUUGACUGCCAUACCUGUGUUGAAUGCCAAUGGUAUGUCGUUUUCAUCAGCUAAGCUUUUUCAGCGUCCAAUUACAUUGUGGAAACGAUAUCCGAUGCCUUUGGCGUCAUUGCAAAAUUUCAACUAUACAACGUUUGCCAUGUCAUUGAAUGAGACGAAUGCCGAGCUUGAAACCAUUCUGCCACUGACAGACUGCCGAUUGCGUCCAGACCAGCGUGCCAUGGAGUGUGGAUUGUGGGACGCAGCCAAUACUGACAAGGAAAAACUCGAGAUGCUACAGCGAUCGAAUCGGAAACGAGCCGAGACAAAGUUUCAUGAAACAGGGAUUCCUAGCGGACCUGUUCAUACUGGGUCUUCAAUUUCAACAAAUGAGCCAUGGUGGACGCCUCGGUGGUUUGUUCGAGAAAUUGAACCGGAUACAAAAGAAGAACAUUGGCGCUUUACCAACGAGUAUUGGACAAUACGGCAAGCAAUUUCCGAGGGAAAAUUAACUCAAUGGCCUGAUUAUGUCAUGGAUGUGUUUGGUAUUGGACCCAAAACCAUUGAAUAG